AUGGUAGAUUCAAAUACCGAUUUAGAAUUGCAAAAUAUUUCAAAAAUUAUAUUUCCACCCUUUUGGCGUUCUAACCCUGAUAUAUGGUUCAAACAAGUUGAAGCACUUUUCGCGUUAAGCAGAAUUAACUCUGAAAAAACUAAAUAUAAGGCAGUAUUGGCAAAUUUACCUACCGAAAUUUUUUCAACUGUGGUUGACUUAAUACAAAAUCCACCAGAUCUAGAUCCAUACUCUUCGCUUAAAAAGGUAUUAACAGACCGAUUAUCCUUAAGCGAUGAAACACGUCUAGAUAACCUCCUUUCUGGUUCUAAUAUGGGUGAUCAAAAACCAUCCGAUUUUUAUCGUUCCAUGUUGACAACAGUUGGAGGAUCUCACGUGGUUGGUCAAAAACUAUUGGUUAAACUAUGGCAAAGACAAUUACCAAAAGUUGUUACAGUAGCUCUUCUUUCCUCUGGCAAGGAAGAAGUUUAA